GUCUCACCCCGCAGCUGUCCCGCAGAAAGCGCACCGCCUGAAAGUCAUUUCCUGAUUGGCUGCCUGAAUAUUGCGCGAUCGCUCAGAGAGCAGCAGCUCUCCGUCCGUCACGUCAAAACACUCGAUCAUUUAGAAAAUUAUAAGUUUGUUUUUAUCAUUUCCAGUCAUGGAGCUGCUGGUUCGUUAUCUGGAGAGAAGCAACUCGUUCAGUUCUGCUCUGACUCCAGAGGUGAUCAAAGAAGAGAAGCUGAGAGAUGACCUGAAGUAUUACUUCAUGAGCCCCUGUGAGAAGUACAGAGCUCGACGACACAUUCCCUGGAAAAUGGGAGUCCAGAUCCUAAAAAUCGUCAUGAUCACCACACAACUUGUCUUAUUUGGCCUCAACAACCAGCUGGUGGUGUCCUAUAAAGAAGAAAACACAAUGGCUCUAAAAAACCUUUUUAUAAAGGGCUACAGCGGGGUGGAUGAGGAUGACUACUCCAUAGCAGUCUACACACAGAGGGACGUCUACGACAGCCUAUUUUAUGUUCUCGAUCAGUACAGCCAGCUGGGUGAGCUCUCCGUGGGCGCCAUCAGUUACGCUGAAGAUGAAAACGGCCUUUUUCUUCCUGUAACCAUCUGUAAGGAGUAUUACAAGCGGGGCAGUUUGAACCCGUCAGAUGAGGCUUAUGAUAUUGAUGCCCAGUUAGAGACACUUUGUAUGGAACAUGAUCCAAGGACGGCCAAUCAGUGGAGAAAGCAGAAUUCCUCCUUUUUUGAUCUGGACUUUUAUAGGCUUGUUAACAUCAAAGUGACCUUUAAUUUGAAAGGCAUCAACCUUCAGACAGUGCGUUCCCGGGAGCUGCCUGACUGCUACUCCUUCUAUGUUACGAUCACGUUUGAUAAUGAGUCCCAUAGCGGGAAAGUGAAAAUCUACCUGGACAUAGAUGCUGAGAGCAGUGCAUGCCGCGACUGGAAGAUAUCUGGAACAGCUCAGAAGAACACACACUAUCUGCUGGUGUUCGACGGCUUUGUCAUCCUAGUUUGCAUCAUAUCAACCACGUUGUGCACACGCUCCAUCAUCCUGGCUGUCAGGUUGCUGCAGAGAUUCUCACAGUUCUUCCACGAAAACUUUAACCGUAAAGUGUGUGAGGACGACCAAAAAGAGUUCCUGAACGGCUGGUAUGUGCUGGUCAUAGUCAGUGAUGUAUUGACUGUAACCGGCUCCAUCCUGAAGAUGGAAAUACAAGCAAAGAGUCUUACUAGUUAUGACGUAUGCAGUAUUUUCCUGGGAACAUCUACGUUGUUGGUCUGGGUUGGAGUUAUUAGAUAUUUGGGAUACUUUCAGAAAUACAAUGUCCUGAUUUUAACCAUGAAAGCAGCAUUCCCCAAAGUUUUACGUUUCUGCUGCUGUGCUGGCAUGAUCUACCUCGGCUACACGUUCUGCGGAUGGAUCGUACUCGGCCCGUAUCACGAGAAGUUCGAGGGUUUGAGUCGUGUGGCGGAGUGCCUGUUUUCUCUCCUGAACGGUGAUGACAUGUUCACCACCUUCGCCCAGCUCAAGGACAAAAACAUUUUAGUGUGGCUCUUCAGUCGGGCGUACCUCUACUCCUUCAUCUCCCUCUUCAUCUACAUGGUGUUGUCUCUCUUCAUCGCUCUCAUCACCGACUCCUAUGAAACCAUCAAGAAAUACCAAAACGAUGGUUUCCCUCUGACAGACCUGCAGAAGUUCCUCCGAGAACAAAAAGAUUUCCCUGUUGUCGACGACAGCAGCGAGAAAGACGUUGAGCUGAAAUGCUCCACAUUUAGCUGCUGCAAACGUUUUCCAGUAAAUGACGACAUCAUACUCAUAAGCUGACAGCUCUGAGAUGAGCCGUUUGGUGGAGGACGAACUUAGGACCUGACUCUGGUAUUGAUUUAAAUCGACUACAGUGAAAGAUGCUGGAAACCGACAGUUUACACUCGCAGAUCAAUGAAGACGAUACUGACAUUCCUCAGGGACAUGAAACCGGACCUCAGGUUGCAGAGAUGGAGUACAAGCUGGAAAAAAAUGAAGAAAAAACUAGACAUUAAAGGACCAUUCAGAGGUGUACUACACAUUUUUUUAAAAAAAGGAAAUGCCAAAAAGUGUUCUAUGAGUGCUAUGUGCCUUAGCACCUGUUAUAACUUGAAAAUUGAAGUAAAGAUUGCAGUAAAAUGUG